AUGUGACUGUGCGUGUUUCCCUCUCCGUCUCUAAAUGCACCGUGUCAGCCUGCGCAUAUUUUCACGUUUGCGAUUCUGCAUACAUGCAUGAGCGCGUGUGUGCGUGUAUGCAGGAUGCUAAAAUCAGGAGCUGUGAAGGAGGGGGAGGGGCAAAAAUCAAGAUGCUGAAGAAACAGAUGAAAAAAUAAAGAAGAGGAAUAUAUAGAAGGGAAGAAGGAGGGAGGACAGAUGCUGAGGGGAGAGUAUUGGUGAAAGCCACAGUGAGGAGAGAUCGAAGGAGAGAGUGAGGAGACGGAGGAGGGAGAGACGAUCUGCCGGAGGAAGCACCAGCGCUUGCAUUUUCACAGGAACCAAGGCAGCGGUCUGUUGCUGUGACGAUGGGCUGCUGGCUCUCUGGACCAUGGAUGGGUGACCAAAUGGUGAAUGGGCGGAGUCUAGCACACCUGAGCCAGCGGGAUGCUCUGCAGAUACUGGCGGCCAAUCAGCGGCCAAUCACCAUGCAGAUCAAGGGCCGGAGAGGUCGUAGCAAUGAAGCAGAAAGGGGAAACUGGGAGCCCUUGCCCCUCAAUCUACAACACCUAAACCUGCCCCUCCCAAUGAUGGGGGCGGGGCUAAAUGCAUCCAGCCCCGUAUACCAGGACAGACAUUAUUACGGACAUUUAUCUCUGCCACAAGACCACUGUGAUGGAGGAAGGUACAGCUACUUGUCCAGCUCCCCGCGAGACACAGUGGACAUCAGCCUCCAGGACCCGGAACUGACCAGCCGUCGACCAAAGGGACAGAACUGUCUGAUGGGAUGCUGCAAAAGCAGCUUAGAAGAACCCAGUGGCUGCCACAGUCAGACAGAUGAUGAGGACUUCAUGCUGGAGAAGCCUUUGGGCUUCCUGCCCCUCCACCAUGAACUGGACAGCGGUCUGGGCUGGACUGAUGGCUCCCUCCAUCAGGGGGAUCUCUCAGGACUGGAGACGGAAGAAGGAGGUCUGGAGGACUGUCAUUCACACGGGGCCCUUGCCCCCGGGGGCUGUGGAGGAUUUGGAGGAGGCUCCCCUUCCUCUGAGUCUUUUAUCUCCUCGGAGCUCAGUGACUCUGGAUUCUACAGCGUUAGCACUGGCGAGUUUAGGCACUUCCAGAGGCUGCUGGAGAAGCGGAUGAGGUUGUACAAUGCCAGACUGCAACAUCAAGGAGAGCCCUGUGAAAGGCGGGAGCGCCGUGACAGCUGUCCCAAGAGCCACCGCGAGCUGCUGGAGGCCAUCCCUGAAGCUCUGACUGUGCAACAGCAAUGCCAAGGUCUCGGCGCACUUGAGAUGGAGGAGGAGAGUGGGUCUGUCAUGGACCUCCCACCUCGAGGACUUUUCAGGGUCUCAUCAGUCCAGUUCCAUAAAGCUGAUCGUCCCUGUCUGAACCGGCACAGUUCCAGCAGUGGAGCCCUCUUCAAUCCUUCCCAUGCCCAUGCUGCAGUUUCAAGACUGACCGCCCCCGUGCUCUCGACCUGCAGUACCCCCUCCAGCCACAGGAGGCCUCUAGUACCAAUGCAGCAGCAUCACCAGGGCUCCAGCUCGGUGGGGAUGCUGAGGAGAAGUCGAACGCUGCACCAUCGUCCGCAUCCACAGGAGUACCGUCGCAGGGCCAGUCACCCGGCGUCCCCGUCUUAUUGCGCAGCAACUUUGCACCACUGUGGAGGCGCAAUACCACGUAACGUGCUGCCGCCGCGGCUACCGGAGGAAGGUGAGUUAGAAGCAGGCCUGGCACUCGCAUCCCAGCAGCAGCCCUCCGCCGCGGGACACCUGAGGAACACAAACAUGCACGAGAGAUGCUACGACAGCAGUUCUAACAGCCAGGUUGCUCACCACGACUGGUGGCACUCGCAAGAAAGAACCUUGAUGCCUGAGAAAAUGAUGUCAGACAGGGAACGAGAGAUCGAGGCGGAACUGGAGCAAAAGCAGCAAAUGCAAAAAGAAAAAGAGCUGGAGAGGGAACGCGAGCGCGAGGCACAGAUUCAGGAGGAGGUGGAGCGAGAGCGGCAGCAGGAAAUGAAGAGGAGCCGAUUCAGAGAGCAGCACUCGCUCAACCACUCUCUUCAGGCUGGAGAUGUGAAUGACACGUGGCCGAAGCCAGCCAGCCGUCAGCUACAAGGCGGUGGAGGAGGGAGAGGUCUCUACAGCACCCUGGAAGGCCACACAGGCACUGGAGUCGCCGCUGGGUGUGAAGCGCCCAUAGGAUAUAUGAGUCAAAGGUUAAGUCCCAGUGCCAGUUCUGCUCUGCAGCCAAAAACCAACCCAAGCUCCAAAGUCAAUGCCACUACACGGGUCUCCAGGAACCAGCUUCUGAGGGACCGGGCAUCUCAGCUUGCAGACGAACGCAGUGGUAUGAGCACGGAUGACGAGACCAACACUGACAUACUGAUGGGUCGGUACUGGAGUCGGACGGAGAGGAAGGAACACUUCCUGUUGGCCCGUGAACAGAAGCAGCAGCAGCAGUUGCAGGCCAGAGGAGGGAAUCUGCGAGAUGGGAGCGCGCUGGACAACCGAGGAGUUGGACCCUUUGCGGAAGCGCGGUACAACACUGUCCUGGAGCUGAGUCAAAGGAAGCUGAACCGUCUGAGGAACAGGAAGCUGCUGGAUGACUGGACCACAGUAGAGGAGCUGCUGACUCAUGGGACCAGGCUGGACAACCAGGAGGACAUGCUGUGUCCCAGCUCCCUGCUGACAGUCACCACUGUCUAACUGCAUGGACACUACCGCAACUGUAACACUGUGUGUGACUGUGUGUUCGAUAUUAAGCCAACAGUUCAAUAUUUCAGUAAAUCUGAUCCCUCUGUCUUUUCCAGAGUCAGCUGAAGAUGAAAAUCACUUUUGCGUCCAGAAUCAGGCUUGUGUUUAGUGUUUAGGCAUGUUUAUGAACCAACAGUCUGAUCUUUAAACUGUAAGGAUACUCUAUGAAUUCAACAUGUACAGUAAAUUUAGAGGAAAAUGUGUUGGAAAAUAAUGAUUUGUAGUCCAGUCUCUCAUAAACAGCAUCCAGGCUAAAAUUAGGUUACUGGUGAAGAUUAUUCUGGUUAUUCCCACCUAGCUAACAUGGCAUUCAUUCAUAUCGUAGUUUAGCUAAUCCUAACUAAAUUUAAAUUACCACAAUUAUAUACAGUAGUCUAGUCAGUUCUACUGGUUUCAGUUAUCGGUGCUUAAAGAACGCGAAGUAGAGGAAACCGAUGCCAUCUUCUUAUUGUACCCUGGGAAAGGCAUGAUACGAGAGGCUUUACACAAAUGUUGGACUGCUCCUUUAACGAAUGUGUGCGCGAGAGUGGGAAGCUCACUGUCAUUGCUGUACAUCACCUCAACUGAUAGCUUUACGUGUGGGUGUGUCAUCAUUGUACAGCAUUGCAGAUACAGUGCACGAUGCUUGUAAAAAACUCAACAAGGUUAAAGCAGCGUCCAUGUUUGCGCCAUGCGUGUCAUGCACCAUCCUAUGCUACGUUCAUUUCACAGAAUCUUAGAAGUAGAAAAUUUGGCUUUGGACUAAAAUCCUCAAAUAGACCGAUAUGGGGAGCAAUACUGUUCUGUGUGGCGACAGAUCAAAUAGGACCUUUACAUCAGGGGCGCAGAAGACAUCAACUGUAGCAACGCAGACAAAGACAACUGAAAUUUGAUAACAAAUUAUAACAAUUUUUAUAGAAACUCUGUUUACAGUUAAGAUGUUGAUUGGUGGGAGGUUUUGUAACAAAGGAAAUAUGAAAUGUGAUGUGGUUCACUUGCUCAUGUAAUACUGGUCGUACUGUGAUAAUCACAGAUGGGGAACAAUGUGCCACUUUCAAAAGAUUUCAACCACAGCUUUAAUCUGCAAAAAGGAAGUGCUGCGGGAAGUAUCUGCAGGUAGACUUUAUGCUGCAUUCAUGACAUUUUGUACUUCCAUGCUUGUGUAUACCCCCCAUUUGGUUUUUUACCCCCUUCCUAGGGGGUAAAAAACCAAAUGAUGGGACUGGAUUAAAGUCCAGUCAUGGUGCCAUGAGGCCAUUUUGGUGAUGGAUUUACACAAAUUAGUUCAGAUUUUCCAAUAGGCGUAGCAUAUGAUUCACAUAAUCCUCAUCUCAGUUUAGACGUCUUAGAAAAGCACCAAAUGUUCCAGAGUCAUGAUAACAAGAGGUUUGUGCUAACAUGGUCUGAAUGCAGCUAAGACUCAUGGCCCUUCGUGGCUCCCUAUUCCAGCUGGUGUCUCUAUUGCUGGAGGGGUGUUUACAGUUCUAACUGCAGGUAACAGCUUAUGCAUGUUGACUGAAAUCGACUACGUUGCUUUGACUGUGCUGGGACGAUUCCACAGAGAAGGAGAUGCACCACCAGGAGACCACAUAAUAGGUGGUCGAGACUGUUGCAGCGUUUUAGAGUCAGGACUGAGUCUAAGUUGUUCUCGACAUUCCAGUUAAAGCAGGUGCAAUAUCGACGUCCACAGAUACCGGGUCUGCAGUCUGGGGAAAUGUGCAAUAAUACCUCAAGUUUGUUUUAAUAUUAUAGUGAGGGAGUGUGCUCUACCUGUCAGGGUUUCAUCAAAUGCAGUAACGUCUCCGAGCAGAUGCACAAAAGUGAUGAGUCACCACAAGUGCAACAUAAUCCUAGGAUCUAAAGUGACAGUGGUAAAGGUUAUGUAGAUAUUUACAUUACUUCCUUAUGGUGUUUUCCACAAGAGGCACAGGCAAGAACAACUUUUUGCACAUCGUUUUUUUAUAUGAAAUGUUUUCCCUACCUUUCUGUACAAGGGACAGAGGCCAGUGUGAACGACUGUAGAUAGAACGACAGUGUGUGUUGGUGUUUUAUUUAUAAACUAUCAUAGUGAUUUAUGGAGAUAAACAUCAGUUUGUUGUGAUUGUGUUGGACAUAUUUCAGUAUUUUUCUUGUAAUGGUUACGAAACCAAUGUGAACAGAUUUUAUGAUCUUUAAAAUCAACUUAUUUUCAUUUAAAGCUGGUGAAACUUCAAAAAGAAGAAAUGUGAAUAAUAUAGUCUCAUAUAAUGGCAAAAUUGAAUUUUACUGUUGUUUUUGUGUACAUAUUGAUUUUGUCAAAAGAUGCAGAGACGGUUGGAGUUAAUUACAGGAUUCGCUGAUGCCAUCAGACGCCUCCAGUUGUUUAUUAUGUGAUUCUGUGGCUUUCUAGCUGUGUUGUGGAGGCUGUACAUACAGCACCCAGAUCAACAUUAUAGUAUUAGUAGGUUUAACACUCACAAUAUUGUCCUAAUUCACAGGAGGUGGUUGAUUUGUUCUGAAUGUUACUGUUAAUGUGGCAUCCAUUUUUAAGAGUAGAAUCACUGACGCUUUAGUGCCAAAUGACACGUCUAUAUUUUAAUGGCAUCAUCUUGUUCUCUCUCUUGCCGUAAUUCCAGUAAAGAAGUCCAAGACUGGUCUGAAAGACGACGUAACGCUGUCUGAUUAAAUGCUGUGUCUUAGGAGUUGUUGCUGUCUUACGCAGGGAUGUUAAGCGAUAAUUCAAUAAUCCACAUGGAAAUUAUAGUUCUAUGUCUCCUCUGGGCCUGUAACCAGCAGCACAAGGCUUCCACCAGCUCUGAUAAUAUGGCGGGAGCUGCAGAAGUUAGUAAAAUUUUCAGUCAGUACAUGCUAUAAACGUAAACAGCAUUUCUUUUAAUAAGAAAUGUCUUGGAACAUAGAUUUCCACGCUGGAAGUGCUGGGGCAGCAGCUUUCCUGCUCUUCCUGCCUUUGUGCAGACCUCAGCAUGUCCCGGACACCUCCCUGGACACAGAUUAAUGUCCGUCAUCUCUCCUGGCUCUGGGAAGUGAGAGAACAAGAAGAUUUACACACAAAACGCUCUGACACUCAGAAAGAAAAGAUUUAACUGAAAUUAAACCAGCACCACUUUCUUUCCGCGUUCUUCCUCUCUCGCAGCCGUGACUCAAGCGGUCUAAAUAAUGGAUGACGAAGAGAGAUUCUUUCCUUUCCCACCCACCCCCCUUCACUCUCUUUGCUUACGUUACACAAGGACAUGGAGCUGAAAAUAGCGCUGCUGUCCUCAUAUGAUGUGAAAUUAAAAGCACACUGGAGCGGAGAAGCUCGCUGCUGGGGAACUCAACACUUGUUAUACUCCAUCUGACAAUCCCUCCAUCCAGCCUGCAACACCACCUCCAUUUGUUUGUGCAAGGGUAAUUUUCACUACACCCAUCAUUUUGGAAUAUUAUGAUGUAUAUGUGAUUGUAAUAAAGAGAUUUUAAUUAGCUAUGA